CAAAACAACAAUGGAGAAAUAGGCAGAACAGGGCUUUCCAACCCAGUACUGAGACAGAAAAGCUGAAGCACAAGAAGGGACCAUGACUGGCUCAAGGUCACACAGCAAGACCCAGCUCCUCUGACUGUCUAAUCUUAUCUGCUGCUGCUGCUGCCGCCGCCGCCCAGUACAUUCCUUGUGUUCAGGCCAAACUGUACACAUUACAUGGCCCAGAACACGUUCGGCAUUUCUUCCCACUGCCUGGGUUUCUGUCUUUGCUCCUAGCUCCUGUCCUUUGAGCCAGGGGUUCCCAACCCCCAGGCCAUGGACUGGUACCAGUCCAUGGCCUGUUAGGAACCAGGAUGCACAGCAGGAGGUGAGCAGUGGGUAAGGGAGCAUCACCACCUGAGCUCCGCCUCCUGUCAGAUCAGCAGCAGCAUUAGAUUCUCACAGGAGCGGGAGCCCUAUUGGUAACCAUGCAUGUGAGGGAUCUAGGUUGUGUGCUCCUUAUGAGAAUCUAAUGCCUAAUGAUCUGAAGUGGAACAGUUUCAUCUCCAAACCAUCCUCUCCACCCGCCGCCCCUGCCCCCCACCCUGUCCAUGGAAAAAUUGUCUUCCAUGAAACCGGUCCCUGGUCACUGGUGCCCAAAAAGGUUGGGGACUACUGCUCUAAGCCAAUUUUCUUUUCUUUUGAGGUGGAGUCUCGCUCUGUUGGCCCAGGCUGGAAUGCAAUGGCCUGAUCUUGCUUCACUGCAACCUCUGCCUCCCGGGUUCAAGUGAUUCUCCUGCCCCAGCCUUCUGAGUAGCUGAGAUUACAGGUGCACACCACCAUGCCCGGCUAAUUUUUCUGUUUUUAGUAGAGAUGGGGUUUCACCAUGUUGGCCAGGAUGUCUUGAACUCUUGGCCUUGUGAUCCACCUGCCUUGGCCUCCCAAAGUGCUGGGAUUACAGCAGUGAGCCACCAUGCCCGGCCGCUUUCUUUUCUUUUAAAAAAAAAAUUUUUUUUUUUUGAGACAGUGUUUUGCUCUAUGAAUAGCCUAGGCUGGAGUGGAGUGGCAUGAUUACAGUUUACUGCAGCCUCGACCUCCUGGGCUCAAGCAAUCCUCCUGUCUUGGGCUCCCAACAGGCAUGAGCCACUGUGCUGAGCCUAAACCCAUUUUUUAUUUUUAUUUUUAUUUUUUGAGACAGUGUCUCACUCUGUCACUCAGGUUGGAGUGCAGUGGCACAAUCUCGGCUCACUGCAAGCUCCACCUCCUGGGAGCCUAAACCCAUUUUAAACAUUCCUUUUUUGGGGAAGCGCCUCUGGUCUCCCUCCUCUGAGCUCCUGGGCCCUGACCCUUUCUGCUCUCAGGGUAAUCCCAGUCUUUCUAGGCUGUGUUAUUGGAGUCAUGAAGUUACUGGAAGACGGACACAUGUGAUUCCCCUCUCUCUGACAGCACACCCUGCAGGGUGCCAUAGCACAAGUCCUGCAAAUAGAAGGUGCAGGACAUGGUAGAUCAUGCCUGUAAUCCCAGCACUUUGGGAGGCCAAGGAAGGAGGAUUGCUAGAGCCCAGGAGACCAGCCUGGGCAACAUAGUGAGACCCCACCUCUUAAAAAAACUAGCUGGUGUGAUUGCAUGAGCCUGUAGACCCAGCUACUAGGGAGGCUGAGUCAGGAAUAUCACUUAAGCCUGGGAAAUUGAGGCUGUAGUGAGCUGUAAUUGUGCCACUGCACUCCAGCCUGGGUGACAGAGCAAGACCCUUUCUGAAAAAAAAAAAAAAUUAUAUAUAUAUAUAAUUAAAGGGCCUGGCUGUGAACUCCAGUGAAUACAUACUUUCACAUAUUAUGGGUUCAGAUUUCAAGAUACAUUCAUGACUUCACUCAGCAAAAGUACUGUACAUCUGUUUUAGGGUUAUUAACCUAAGUGAUGAGCUCUUAGUCCACAAAAGUGUACACAUGCCCAACAUUUUGCAGAAAAUUUCAAAGAUUUGCAGCCUCCAUGGAGCCAUUCUAUGGUCCCACUAGGAUCCUAGGACCCCAAGUUAAGGACACCUGGCUUCCAGCUGAAUGCUUACUAUGUUGCAAGCUAGGAACACACAUUUAAUCACUUUUUAAUUCAAUAAAUGAGUUGAAUGCCUACAGCACUACUUCUGAGGGCUAAGGGAUUCAUUUAUUAGUUCAUCCAUUUGUUCAGUGUUUUAAGGGUCUACCAUGUGCCAAACCCUGAUCUGGGCACUGAGAACAGGAAGAUGAACAAGAAACAACAUGAGGCCAGGUGUAGUGGCUCACGUCUGUAAUCCCAGCACUUUGAGAGUCCGAGGUGGGAGGACAACUUGAGGCCAGCAAUUUGAGACCAGUUUGAGCAACAUGGCAAAACCCCAUCACUACAAAAAAUACAAAAAUUAGCCAGGCCCACUGGCACAUGCCUGUAGUUCCAGCUACUUGGGAGGCUGAGCCUGGGAGAUUGAGGCUGCAGUAAGCCUUGAUUGCACCACUGAACUUCAGCCUAGGUAACUGAGUGAGACCCUGCCUUAAAAAAAGGAAAAAGAAAGAAAGGAAGGGGCUGGGCGUGGUGGCUCACUCCUGUAAUCCCAGCACUUUGGGAGGCUGAGAUGGGCAGAUCACUGAAGGUCAGGAAUUUGAGACCAGCCUGGCCAACAUGGUGACACCCCGUCUCUACUUAAAAAUGCAAAAAUUAGCCAGGGCGCAAUGAGUCAUGCCUGUAAUCCCAGGACUUUGGAAGGCCGAGGCAGGUGGAUCACAAGGUCAGGAGUUUGAGACUAGCCUGGCCAAUAUGGUGAAACCCCGUCCCAACUAAAAACAUACAAAAAGUAGCCGGGCGUGGUGGCAUAUGCCUGUAAUCCCAGCUACUUGGGAGGCUGAGGCAGGAGAAUCACUUGAACCCGGGAUGCAGAGGUGGCCAUGAGCCAAGAUCACACCAUUGCACUCUUGCCUGGGCGACAGAGGGAGACUCCAUCUAAAAAAAAAAAAAAAAUUAGCCGGGCAUGGUGGCGGGCACCUAUAAUCUCAGCUGUGUGGGAGGCUGAGGCAGGACUAUUGCUUGAAUCCGGGAGGCAGAGGUUGCAGUGAACCAAGAUCACACCACUGCACUCCAGCCUGGGCGACAGAGCGAGACUUCAUCUCAGGAAAAAAAAAAAAAAAAAAAAAAAAAAGAAAAGAAAGAAAGAAGGAAGAAAGUAAAAAAAAAUAAUAAUAAAAGAGAGCGACAGAGAGAUAGAAAAGAGGAGAGGCCGGGCACAAUGACUCAUGCCCAUAAUCCCAGCACUUUGGGGGGCUGAGGUGGGCAGAUCACCUGAGGUCAGGAGUUUGAGACCAGCCUGGCCAACAUGGCGAAACCCUGUCCGUACUAAAAAUACAAACAAUUAGCCAGCUGUGGUGGUGGACACCUGUAAUUCCAGCUACCCGGGAGGCUGAGACAGGAGAAUUGCUUGAACCCAGGAGGCAGAGGUCGCAGUGAGCUGAGAUCGUGCCAUUGCACUCCAGCCUGGAUGACAGAGCAAGACCCCAUCUCAAAAAAAACAAAAAACAAAAAAACAAAGAAAAAAGAAAUGAAAAGGCAUGAGGUCCAUGUCCUUGAGGCCUCAUCGGCUGGCAGGGAGCAGACUGGGGUCCCGUUCAUUCCCCUCGCCUCCCUCCCACCCUAUCACAGCUCUCACUCCCUGAGGAUGCAGGAUGGAGGCUGAGGCAGUCCUGCCAGCUUGCAGCUGGUGGAGGCAGGGAGGGCUGAAUUGACCUCCAGGACCUUACCCCUAUCUGUCGGUCCUCUCCUCCCUCCCCACCCAUGACCCCCAGGCCUGCUCCCUGUGUGUUUGACUAAAGGGCAGGGAUUGCUAAACCUGCUGGGUGAGUCCAGUGAGUCAGAGGCGAUUCAGGUGGGCGGGCUGGUGGGCAGAAGGGCAGACGGGCAGAGGAAGUGCCAGUGCCACUGGGACCAUGGCUCUGACGGUACGCGUGCAACGACUAACAGGGCUGACCGGCACCCACGACCGACAAGUGAAGCUCACCUUUCGAGGCUUUACCCAGAAAACAAGAAAAAUUCACUGUGGUCCAGAAGCAGAUAUCGGUGAGCUGUUCCGAUGGCCCCACUAUGGGGCUCCACUGGCUGGGGAGUGUCUGUCUGUGCAGGUGGUCAACUGCAGCCGUGUAUUCACCCCUAGGCCUCUAGGGACCCUGGUGAUCUCCCUGCAGCAGCUACAGAAUGCUGGGCAUUUGGUGCUACGGGAAGCCCUAGUGGAUGAGAAUCUUCGAGUGUCCCCGAUCCAGGUGGAGCUUGACCUGAAGUACCAGCCCCCAGAGGGCGCUACUGGAGCCUGGUCAGAGGAGGACUUUGGGGCACCCAUCCAGGACAGCUUCGAGUUAAUCAUCCCCAAUGUGGGCUUCCAGGAACUGGCGCCUGGGGAGGCCCAGCUGGAGCGGCGGGCAGUGGCUCUAGGCCGCAGGCUAGCUCGAAGUCUAGGCCAGCAGGACGAUGAAGAGAAUGAGCUGGAGCUUGAGCUGGAGCAGGACCUGGAUGAUGAGCCUGACGUGGAACUUUCUGGUGUUAUGUUCAGCCCCCUCAAGAGUCGCGCCAGGGCCCUGGCCCAUGGGGAUCCCUUCCAGGUGUCCAGAGCUCAAGACUUCCAGGUGGGAGUCACUGUGCUGGAAGCCCAGAAACUGGUGGGAGUCAACAUUAACCCCUAUGUGGCCGUGCAAGUGGGGGGGCAGCGCCGUGUGACCGCCACACAGCGUGGGACCAGUUGCCCCUUCUACAAUGAGUACUUCUUGUUCGAAUUUCAUGACACACGGCUUCGCCUCCAAGACUUGCUGCUGGAGAUCACGGCUUUCCAUUCGCAGACCCUCCCCUUUAUGGCCACCCGGAUAGGCACCUUCAGGAUGGACCUGGGCAUCAUCUUGGACCAGCCAGAUGGCCAAUUCUACCAAAGAUGGGCUCCGCUGCAUGAUCCCCGGGACACCCGCGCCGGGACCAAGGGUUUCAUUAAGGUCACCUUGUCCGUGAGGGUGCGCGGGGACCUGCCCCCUCCAAUGCUACCCCCGGCCCCAGGGCACUGUUCGGACAUCGAGAAGAACCUGCUCCUGCCGCGCGGGGUGCCCGCCGAGAGGCCAUGGGCGCGGCUCCGCGUGCGCCUGUACCGCGCCGAGGGGCUUCCCGCGAUGCGCCCGGGGCUGCUGGGCAGCCUGGCCCGCGCCCUGCACGACCAGCGCGUCCUGGUGGAGCCCUAUGUGCGGGUGUCUUUCCUGGGGCAGGAGGGCGAGACGUCGGUGCGCGCCGAGGCGGCGGCGCCCGAAUGGAACGAGCAGCUGAGCUUCGUGGAGCUCUUCCCGCCGCUGACGCGCAGCCUCCGCCUGCAGCUGCGGGACGAGGCGCCCCUGGUCGACGCGGCACUCGCUACGCACGUGCUGGACCUGAGGCGGAUCUCCCAUCCGGGCCGCGCGGCGGGGUUUAACCCUACCUUCGGCCCGGCCUGGGUGCCCCUCUAUGGCUCGCCCCCCGGCGCGGGGCUCCGGGAUAGUCUUCAAGGUCUCAACGAAGGCGUUGGCCAAGGCAUUUGGUUCCGCGGCCGCCUUCUGCUGGCUGUGUCCAUGCAGGUGUUGGAAGGGAGAGCUGAACCUGAGCCUCCCCAGGCCCAGCAGGGGUCCACGUUGUCCCGGCUCACCCGAAAGAAGAAAAAGAAAGCCAGAAGGGAUCAGACCCCAAAGGCGGUUCCGCAGCACUUGAACGCCAGCCCCGGUGCCGAGGGACCUGAGAUCCCCCGUGCCAUGGAGGUGGAGGUGGAGGAGCUGCUGCCGCUGCCAGAGAAUGUCCUGGCGCCCUGUGAAGAUUUCCUGCUUUUCGGUGUGCUCUUCGAGGCCACCAUGAUCGACCCCGCCGUGGCCUCCCAGCCCAUCAGCUUCGAGAUCUCCAUUGGUCGCGCAGGCCGUCUGGAGGAGCAAUUGGGCCGAGGGUCCAGGGCCGGGGAGGGAACUGAGGGUGCAGCUGUGGAGGCUCAGCCUCUGCUGGGAGCCAGGCCAGAGGAGGAGAAAGAGGAGGAAGAACUGGGGACCCCUGCUCAGCGGCCUGAGCCCAUGGACGGCAGCGGGCCAUACUUCUGCUUGCCCCUCCGUCACUGCAAGCCAUGCAUGCAUGUGUGGAGUUGCUGGGAGGACCACACCUGGCGCCUGCAGAGCAGCAACUGCGUGCACAAAGUGGCCGAGAGGCUGGACCAGGGGCUGCAGGAGGUUGAGAGACUGCAGCGCAGGCCGGGGCCUGGCGCCUGUGCACAGCUCAAGCAGGCACUGGAAAUGCUGGUGGCUGGGAGCAGACAGUUUUGCCGCGGUGCCGAGCGCAGGACGAUGACCCGGCCCAAUGCCCUGGAUCGAUGCCGAGGGAAACUCCUGGUGCACAGCCUGAACCUUUUGGCUAAGCAAGGACUGCGACUUCUACGCGGCCUGAGACGGGGCAAUGUGCAAAAGAAGGUGGCAUUGGCCAAGAAGCUCCUGGCAAAACUGCGCUUUCUGGCUGAGGAGCCCCAGCCACCCCUCCCCGACGUGCUGGUCUGGAUGCUCAGCGGGCAGCGCCGUGUGGCCUGGGCCCGGAUCCCUGCCCAGGAUGUGCUGUUCUCUGUGGUUGAGGAGGAACGGGGCCGAGACUGUGGGAAGAUCCAGAGUCUAAUGCUCACGGCACCCGGGGCAGCCCCUGGUGAGGUCUGUGCCAAGCUGGAGCUCUUCCUGUGGCUGGGCCUGGGCAAGCAAGCCAAGGCCUGCACCUCUGAGCUGCCCCCGGAUUUGCUGCCCGAGCCCUCAGCCGGGCUGCCCUCCAGCCUACACCGGGAUGACUUUAGCUACUUCCAACUCCGGGCUCACUUGUACCAGGCCCGAGGUGUGUUGGCAGCAGAUGACAGUGGCCUCUCGGACCCUUUUGCUCGAGUCCUCAUCUCUACCCAGUGCCAGACCACACGGGUCCUGGAGCAGACGCUGAGCCCUCUGUGGGAUGAACUCCUGGUAUUUGAGCAGUUGAUCGUGGACGGGAAGAGGGAGCACCUGCAGGAGGAGCCUCCAUUAGUGAUCAUCAAUGUAUUUGACCACAAUAAGUUUGGCCCCCCCGUGUUCCUGGGCAGGGCACUGGCCGCCCCGAGGGUAAAGCUGAUGGAGGACCCAUACCAACGCCCGGAGUUGCAGUUCUUCCCCCUGAGGAAGGGACCCCGGGCAGCCGGAGAGCUCAUUGCCGCCUUUGAACUCAUUGAACUAGACUACAGUGGCCGACUUGAGCCCUCAGUGCCCAGUGAUGUGGAGCCCCAGGAUCUGGCACCCCUGGUUGAGCCCCACUCUGGACGCCUGUCCCUUCCACCCAACGUGUGCCCAGUGCUCAGGGAGUUCCGUGUUGAGGUGCUGUUCUGGGGUCUUAGGGGACUUGGUCGUGUGCAUCUGUUCGAGGUGGAGCAGCCCCAGGUUGUACUGGAGGUGGCUGGACAACGUGUGGAGUCUGAGGUCCUGGCCAGCUACCGUGAGAGCCCCAAUUUCACUGAGCUUGUCAGGCAUCUGACAGUGGACUUGCCGGAGCAGCCUUACUUGCAGCCUCCACUCAGCAUCUUGGUGAUUGAGCGCCGGGCCUUUGGCCGCACAGUCCUUGUGGGUUCCCACAUUGUCCCCCACAUGCUGCGAUUCACAUUUCGGGGUCAUGAGGAUCCUCCUGAGGAGGAAGGAGAGAUGGAGGAGACAGGGGAUAUGAUGCCCAAGGGACCUCAAGGACAGAAGUCCCUGGAUCCCUUCUUGGCUGAAGCGGGUAUAUCCAGACAGCUCCUGAAGCCUCCUCUGAAGAAGCUCCCACUAGGAGGCCUCCUAAAACAAGGCCCUGGGCUGGAGGAGGACAUCCCAGAUCCAGAAGAGCUUGACUGGUGGUCCAAGUACUACGCGUCGCUGCAGGAGCUCCAGGGGCAGCACAACUUUGAUGAAGAUGAAAUGGAUGAUCCUGGAGAUUCAGAUGGGGUCAACCUCAUUUCUAUGGUUGGGGAGAUCCAAGACCAGGGUGAGGCUGAAGUCAAAGGCACUGUGUCCCCCAAAAAAGCAGUUGCCACCCUGAAGAUCUACAACAGGUCCCUGGAGGAAGAAUUUAACCACUUUGAAGACUGGCUGAAUGUGUUUCCUCUGUACCAAGGGCAAGGGGGCCAGGAUGGAGGUGGAGAAGAGGAAGGAUCUGGACACCUUGUGGGCAAGUUCAAGGGCUCCUUCCUCAUUUACCCUGAAUCAGAGGCAGUGUCGUUCUCUGAGCCCCAGAUCUCCCGGGGGAUCCCACAGAACCGGCCCAUCAAGCUCCUGGUCAGAGUGUACGUUGUAAAGGCUACCAACCUGGCUCCUGCAGACCCCAGUGGCAAAGCAGACCCUUACGUGGUGGUGAGCGCUGGCCGGGAGCGGCAGGACACCAAGGAACGCUAUAUCCCCAAGCAGCUCAACCCCAUCUUUGGAGAGAUCCUGGAGCUAAGCAUCUCUCUCCCAGCUGAGACGGAGCUGACGGUUGCCGUAUUUGAUCAUGACCUCGUGGGUUCUGACGACCUCAUCGGGGAGACCCACAUUGAUCUGGAAAACCGAUUCUAUAGCCACCACAGAGCAAACUGUGGGCUGGCCUCCCAGUAUGAAGUAGAUGGUUACAAUGCCUGGCGUGAUGCAUUCCGGCCUUCGCAGAUCCUGGCGGGGCUGUGCCAACGCUGUGGCCUCCCUGCCCCUGAAUACCGAGCCGGUGCUGUCAAGGUGGGCAGCAAAGUCUUCCUGACACCACCGGAGACCCUGCCCCCAGGCAGCAGCAGCCCCACAGUGGCGAGCGGGGACCCUGAAGAGGCCCAGGCAUUGCUUGUGCUGCGGCGCUGGCAGGAAAUGCCGGGUUUUGGGAUCCAGCUGGUACCCGAGCAUGUAGAAACCAGGCCUCUCUACCAUCCCCACAGCCCAGGGCUGCUGCAGGGAUCUCUUCACAUGUGGAUUGACAUCUUUCCUCAAGAUGUGCCUGCUCCACCCCCAGUUGACAUCAAGCCUCGGCAGCCAAUCAGCUAUGAGCUCAGAGUUGUCAUCUGGAACACGGAGGAUGUGGUUCUGGAUGACGAGAAUCCACUCACUGGAGAGAUGUCGAGUGACAUCUAUGUGAAGAGCUGGGUGAAGGGGUUGGAGCAUGACAAGCAGGAGACAGACGUUCACUUCAACUCCCUGACUGGGGAGGGGAACUUCAAUUGGCGCUUUGUGUUCCGCUUUGACUACCUGCCCACGGAGCGGGAGGUGAGCGUCCGGCGCAGGUCUGGACCCUUUGCCCUGGAGGAGGCUGAGUUCCGGCAGCCUGCAGUGCUGGUCCUGCAGGUCUGGGACUAUGACCGCAUCUCUGCCAAUGACUUCCUUGGAUCCCUGGAGUUGCAGCUACCAGACAUGGUGCGUGGGGCCCGGGGCCCCGAGCUCUGCUCUGUGCGGCUGGCCCGCGAUGGGGCCGGGCCGAGGUGCAAUCUGUUUCGCUGCCGCCGCCUGAGGGGCUGGUGGCCGGUAGUGAAGCUGAAGGAGGCAGAGGACGUGGAGCGGGAGGCGCAGGAGGCUCAGGCUGGCAAGAAGCGAAAGCAGAGGAGGAGGAAGGGCCGGCCGGAAGACCUGGAGUUCACAGACACGGGUGGCAAUGUGUACAUCCUCACGGGCAAGGUGGAGGCAGAGUUUGAGCUGCUGACUGUGGAGGAGGCUGAGAAACGGCCAGUGGGGAAGGGGCGGAAGCAGCCAGAGCCUCUGGAGAAACCCAGCCGCCCCAAAACUUCCUUCAACUGGUUUGUGAACCCGCUGAAGACCUUUGUCUUCUUCAUCUGGCGCCGGUACUGGCGCAUCCUGGUGCUGCUGCUGUUACUGGUGCUGCUCACUGUCUUCCUCCUCCUGGUCUUCUACACCAUCCCUGGCCAGAUCAGCCAGGUCAUCUUCCGUCCCCUCCACAAGUGACUCGCUGACCUUGGACACUCACCCAGGGUGCCAACCCUUCAAUGCCUGCUCCUGGAAGUCUUUCUUACCAAUGUGAGCUACCCAGAGUCUAGUGCUUCCUCUGAAUAAACCUAUCACAGCCACUGACCCGUGAUCACGUGCUAUGCAAGGCCGGCUCCAGGUGGCAGAGAACAGAGAUGUUCUUAGCUGACCUCAGGUGCUGGGGACUUGAAGAAUGCACAGGGAUGGAAGGCUGCCCCCAUCCCCACCACAGGGAAGAAAAAGGCCCCGGCAGCCGAGUUAUCACACCCACUCCACCACUGCUCCUGCUCCUGCUGGUGGCCAGGUCCCUCUCACCUAAUCUGUUUCUGGCUUCCACCACUCCAGGACAGCUAAGGACCUGACGGACUCCAUUAACCUGUCCAUUCCUCACCAUCCCUGAGAGAGGCUUCCAUCAGAGCUGGAUCAUCUCGGGUCUGACUCCAAAAGUUCUGCUGUCACUACCUGACUUCGCUUCCUUUCCCCUCUCUCUUGCUUUUCCCCUGCCACAGUCUUGCAUCAACAUUCGAGACAUGAUCUGAUAAACUGACUGGCUGUUUAGGUACCCCUGGUUCCCUAGGCUGUAGACUGGUGAGGUUGCUGGGCCCUGGUUCUCCACAUGGAUCCAGAGU